AUGGCACCUAUCGGAUUAAAGGCGGUGGUCGGAGAAAAGAUUAUGAACGAUGUCAUCAAGAAGGUGAAGAAGAAGGGAGAAUGGAAGGUUCUGAUCGUGGACCAGCUGAGUAUGAGGAUGCUGUCCUCCUGCUGCAAGAUGACAGACAUCAUGACGGAGGGCAUCACCAUUGUGGAGGACAUCCACAAGCGGCGAGAGCCUCUUCCCAGCCUGGAGGCCAUUUACCUAAUUACACCCACAGAGAAGUCUGUCCACACCCUCAUCGCAGAUUACAAAGAUCCUCAUUGUGCCAAAUACAAGGCAGCACACGUCUUCUUCACGGACUCCUGCCCGGAUCCUCUGUUCAACGAGCUGGUGAAGAGCCGAGCUUCCAAAGCCACAAAGACUCUGACGGAGAUCAACAUCGCGUUCCUGCCCUACGAGUCCCAGGUGUACUCCCUGGACAAUCCAGAUGCCUUCCACAGUUUCUACAGCCCCCAUAAGACCCAGCUGAAGAACUCGGUGAUGGAGCGACUGGCCGAGCAGCUGGCCACGCUCUGUGCCACCCUGAAGGAGUACCCGGCCGUCCGAUACCGAGGCGACUACAAGGACAACGCCACCCUGGCCCAGCUGGUUCAGGACAAGCUGGACGCCUACAAGGCCGACGACCCGACCAUGGGAGAGGGUCCAGACAAGGCUCGCUCGCAGCUGAUCAUCCUGGACCGGGCGUUCGACCCCGUCUCACCCGUCCUCCACGAGCUCACCUUCCAGGCCAUGGGCUACGACCUGCUGCCCAUCGAAAACGACGUCUACAAGUACGAGACCAGUGGCAUCGGAGACUCUCGUGAGAAGGAGGUUCUGCUGCACGAGGACGAUGACCUGUGGGUGAGCCUGAGACACAAACACAUAGCUGAGGUGUCCCAGGAAGUGACGCGUCAACUGAAGGACUUCUCCGCCAGCAAGAGGAUGAACACUGCAGGAGAGAAGACCACGAUGAGGGAUCUGUCCCAGAUGCUGAAGAAGAUGCCUCAGUACCAGAAGGAGCUCAGCAAGUACUCCACUCACCUGCAGCUGGCUGAGGACUGUAUGAAGCACUACCAGGGAACCGUGGACAAACUGUGCCGUGUGGAGCAGGAUUUGGCGAUGGGAACCGACGCCGAGGGAGAGAAGAUCAAAGACCCCAUGAGGGCCAUCGUGCCGAUCCUGCUCGACGCCAACGUCACCACAUACGACAAGAUCCGCAUCAUUCUGCUGUACAUCUUCCUCAAGAACGGCAUCACGGAGGAGAACCUGAACAAGCUGAUCCAACACGCUCAGAUUCCCCCUGAGGACAGUGAGAUCAUCACCAACAUGGCUCACCUGGGCGUCCCCAUCAUCACAGACUCCACCCUCCGCCGAGGAAAGAAGCUGGACAGGAAGGAGCGUGUGAGCGAGCAGACCUAUCAGCUGUCCCGCUGGACACCGCUGGUCAAGGACAUCAUGGAGGAUGCUAUCGAAGACAAGCUGGACACCAAGCACUACCCAUACAUCUCCACCCGCUCCUCUGCCUCCUUCAGCACCACUGCAGUCAGCGCUCGGUACGGCCACUGGCACAAGAACAAGACACCCGGAGAGUACCGCACCGGGCCACGCGUCAUGGUCUUCAUCAUCGGCGGCGCGUCCUUCAGUGAGAUGCGCUGCGCCUACGAGGUCACGCAGGCCAAUGGGAAAUGGGAAGCCAUCAUCGGUUCCACCCACAUUACCACCCCCACCAAAUUCUUAUCGGACCUGCAGCACCCCGACUUCCGAGAGUCCACUAGGGUCUCCUUUGAGGACGCAGAGCCCCCGGCCGAGUGA